AUGGGGAUGGUAGUGGUGAUAUCGCUGCCGCUCAUAUUAUUCUGUAUUCUCAUCGGCGUCGGUUGCUACUUCCUCGGACGAAACAAAGGCAGACAGGACAUCCGUACCAAUCCUCAAGUCUUCGGGAUUCCCACUCCUCCACCUGGCCUUGGUGCAAAUAAUCCCGCUUCGCCGCCGCCUCACGCCAAGCCUGACGACAACUUGGGCAAUGUCUGA